AUGUUCAAACGGGCCAUGUCGAGCACUCCCAUCACGGACGCAAUCCGCCGCAAGGUGAGCGAGGCAUUCCGGCCUACUGUGCUAGAGAUCGAGAAUGACAGCCACAAGCAUGCCCACCACGCCCCCAUGCGGGGAUCGACGAACAUCGCCGAGUCCCAUUUCCGGCUGGUGAUUGUCAGCGACCAGUUCGAGGGCAAGAACCUGCCGGCGCGACACCGGAUGGUGUACAGCUUGCUGGACGAGGAAAUGAAGCAGGAGAACGGGGUGCAUGCACUGCAGCUGACCACGCGGACCCCGAAAGAGUACCAAUAA